AUGUUUUCGGGCAUCAUCGAAGAGGUUGGCACGGUUGUCUCCAUGCAAGAGCGACAGGAUUUACUUCUUUGGAAUGGUGAGCGCGGAACCGGAGUCGAGUUAAUGGUGCGAGUCAAGGUGGCACACGAGGGUGCAUACUUAGGCUGUAGCAUCGCCAUUAAUGGCACGUGUCUGACUGCCACUAGCAUCUGCGGGGAUUGCGUAGCUUUUGGUGUGGCACCUGAGACUUUGCGUCGCACUAAUUUGCGUAACCUUAAAGCUGGCGACAAGGUGAACGUAGAGCGCAGCAUGAGUUUAGGUUCGCGCAAUAGUGGCCACUUUGUGCAGGGGCAUGUAGAUGGUACAGGCGCGAUUCUAUCUUUUGAGCGCGAGAAGGACUCGCUAUGGGUCAAGAUCUCGGCCGGGCCUGACAUUCUACGCGACAUCGUAACUAAGGGAUAUAUCGCCAUUGACGGUACAAGUCUUACUGUAUGUGAAGUAGAUCGCAUUAAUGGCUGGUUUUCAAUCAUGCUCAUCUCGCACACGCAAAACUCCGUCACUCUACCACUUAAGAAGAUCGGAGACCACGUAAAUCUUGAACCGGAUGUGCUUGGGAAAUAUGCCGCCCGCUCAAUGAGCAGCUUUGCCGAGCGCGUAAACAAAAUUGAUAGUCAGUUGCAGCAAACCAGACGUAUGAUGUUCGGAUUUGCAGUGAUCGCUGUAGCACUUGUUAUUGCGAUUGUUCGAAAGUGA